CUGUUUGUUUUCUCAUCACCUCAUCCGAUCAUUCACACACUGGCUGCCGGGAGUAGUUUGUGCGUAUGUUCACGGAGAUCAUUCUCAGCAGAUUCUGUGUAACGCUAUUCUGUGUGAAAGAAUGUCCUGCGGAGUCCCGCCCCGGUCGUGCGACUGUUUCGUGGCUCUCCCCCCCGGAUCCGAUGGGGAGCACGUCAUUUUCGGGAAGAACUCAGACCGGCCGCGGGACGAAGUCCAGGAGGUUGUCUAUUACCCCGCAGCCGCCCACGAGCCGGGGUCAAAGGUGGAGUGCACCUACAUUUCCAUCGAGCAGGCGGAGAGCACCCAUGCAGUGAUCCUGAGCAGGCCUGCCUGGCUGUGGGGAGCCGAGAUGGGGGCUAACGAGCACGGAGUCUGCAUCGGCAACGAGGCUGUGUGGACCAAGGUCCCAGUGGAGGAGGGGGAAGCCCUGCUGGGCAUGGACCUGGUCAGGCUGGGACUGGAGCGCGGCUGCACUGCGAAGGAGGCGCUGGACGUGAUCGCAGGCCUCGUGGAGCGCCACGGGCAGGGGGGGAACUGCCGGGAGGAGGCCACGCCCUUCAGCUACCACAACACCUUCCUGCUGGCAGACCGGGCAGAGGCUUGGGUGCUGGAGACGGCCGGGAGAGUGUGGGCAGCGCAGCGAGUGACCGCUGGAGUUAAGAACAUCUCGAACCAGCUGACGAUCGGGCAGGAGAUCUCCACGGAACACCCCGAGCUGCGGAGCCUGGCGCGGGCCGAGGGCUGGUGGAGCGGGGAGGGGGGGUUCAGCUUCUCUGAGGUUUACGCCCCUGUGAACCCCCCUGCCAGGAUGGAGGCAGCCAAACGGCGCUACUGCGGGGGAAAGGAACUGCUUAGCAAACACAACGGUUCUGUGAGUCUGGGGACCAUGCUGGAGAUCCUGCGGGAUAAGGCCAGCGGGAUCUGCAUGGAUUCCGGUGGAUUUCGUACCACGGCCAGCAUGGCCUCUAUCCUGCCCCGGGACCCCACCCUGCCCUGUGUGCACUUCUUCACAGCGACCCCCGACCCCUCCCGGUCCGUGUUUAAGCCCUUUCUUUUCGUGGAUCAGAUGACCUCCGUGCCCCAGGUGGUCUCCCCGAGGUUCGGAGCCGACGAUCCCGUGAAGAAGCUGCCGCGGUUCCAGAGCACCGUGGACCGGCGCCACGAGCUGUACCGCGCGCACCAGAACGCUCUAGAAACCAUGGAGAGCGAGCCGGGGCGGGGCUUGGAGCUCCACCAGACCAUGCGGGACCUGGAGAGGCAGGGCAUUGAUGACAUCGCAGAGAUGCUGAAAGGGGGCGUGGCCGUGGAUGCAGAGGAAGUGGCGGAUUUGUUCUUCGACUGCGUGGACACAGAGAUCAAGUUCUACCAGUCACUCUAGAACCGAUCCAGCUCAAGCAAAGGGAUUUCAGCUUCCUUCCUCCUUUCAGCCCCUGGCUAAUUGACAAUAGUGUAGCAUACUGCACUGCACUACACUGUACUGCACUGCACUGCACUCAGCCAGCCCCCUCCCUCUCCUCCCUACAGCUGCAGCCCUAAUAAUGACAGUCAGGUGCAUGAACAAAAUAAGCUCAACCCUAGAAACCCAGCCAACACUGCUGAAGGCAUUAGGCAGAUCGUUAGCCCGCUGUACUUGACUUAGGGUCGUAUUCAUAAAGCAUUAGCCCUAGGCGUGUUUGCUGGUGUGCUGCUGCCUUACAAAUGUCUUUGAGCUUGAUAACUUUGAGAGUUUAUUAAGAGAUCUUGGAUCGUGUUUGGUUCUUGUUUUAAAAAAUAAAAUUAAACACCGUAGGAAAGGAUUUGGGCUGUAUUCAUAAAGCCGUAGCAUGCCAGUGCACAUAGAGGACUUUUUACCCCUGAUUUUAUGUGUAAUAUUGUGGAUCCAUUCAGCCUGGAACAACGGCAAAAAUGCCACUGGGUCAUGUUAUCCUAGCACUGGUUAGAACACAGCAAUGACUCGGCAGCAAUUGCAUCCAUUGCUUUGCAAAGAUCUGUUUUUGUUCAGGCCGUAGCCAAUCAAAUGGCAAGAACAGAGGAGGGAGCAGUCUCAUUGGCUAACGAGCAUUCCAACCCGUGCAGAUGUGUCACCAUACCAGCACAGCUUGGAACUUCCAGAACCACUCUGUCCUAUUCAGUGGACAGCCCAUUCACUUUGGGAGGGGUGGGAUGGAGUGCCAUUUUCUAAGACUAAUAACACACUCCAGGGUGUCUAACCACACUUGGCUGUGCCCCUGGGUGUGCCAAUCUCUUGUACCGUAUUGGAACACCCUGUCUCUGGCUGUUGCUGUCCUAUACGCUGUUUAAUUGCAGUGGACAUCAUAUCUCCUGCAGCUUUCACUGUAUUAAGAUUGGAGCAAUGAUCAGCCAGCCAGUGUCCUACCAAAACAUUUCAAUGAUGUUUAUUGCUUGGAUGUAUUGCUUCAGGUGUUCAUUGCUGUUUAAAAUAUAUAUAUAUAUAUAUAUAUAUAUAAAUAUAAAUUAGCACCAGUGCUAAUAGUAGGGUUACCAUAAGAUUCAAAUGUUCUUUGGGACACUUCUAGCUUUUUAACUCAAACCCCAAUGCAUUCUGGAUACUUCUAGCAAUGCAUUCUGGUAAGUGUAGUCCUGCUUCUUUUAACCCCUUAAGGUACACAUAGAAUGGAGCGGUGGUUCAAGUGGUGGUGUCUUAAAGUACAUUUCAGAGGGACUGAAGAAUCGGAAGGAGCCCAGCAUUUCCAUCUCCUUUUGAAUUUUUGUUUAAUUUUUUUAUUUGCUGUAUAGAUUCGUUUCUCGCACGGAAUACCAACAAAAAUGUGAACUUGACUCGCGCACUAAAUUGAAGAUGUGUAAUCAGUAGUUUGUGAUGUGAUUUAUUUGUCGAGCCAGUGUAGCUGUGUUGUUCAUUAUUGUUCAAUUGAUGUGUCUAACAAUAAAUAGGAUAAUGAAUAAAGUAA